AUGCCUUCGAACAUCGUGGUUCUCGGCGCUGGAGUCAGUGGUCUUACGACCGCAUUGCGAUUGGUAGAGAACGGACACAAAGUUACAAUUGUAGCAAAGCAUAUGCCUGGAGACUACGAUAUCGAAUACGCAAGUCCAUGGGCUGGAGCAAAUUACCUUCCCUUCAGCGCAGCAGGCACGCAGACAUCGACUUUUGAGCGAGAAACGUGGCCGGAGCUCGAGCGAUUGGCGAGAGAUCUUCCCGAGUCCGGCGUACAUUUCCAAGAAACAUUUCUCUACCGAAGAUCGAAGGAUGUAAACACGCCUGUUGGCGACUGGUUCAAAGAGCUCAUCAGAGAGGACGCCUGGUUCAAGGAUGUCGUACCUAAUUUCCGAGUAUUGUCAAAAUCAGAGACACCGCAGGGCAUGGAUGGAGGGACCGCAUUCACGUCCGUCUGCAUCAACACUGCGCUGUACUUGCCGUGGCUGGCGUCCCMAUGUCUCAAGCAUGGAGCGGUGAUUCGGAGAGGCAUUGCCGAGCAUAUCACAGAUGCAGCGAAGCUUCACCAUACAGGUAGAUCGGCGGACCUAAUUGUGAACUGCACCGGCCUCUCAUCACUACGACUUGGAGGUGUGGAAGACAGUACCCUCUAUCCCGCUCGCGGCCAGAUAGUGGUUGUCCGCAACGAUCCAGGCAUCAUGGUCUCGGCUUCUGGAACCGACGAUGGACCCGAUGAAGCUGUAUAUGUUAUGCAUCGUGCUGCUGGCGGAGGCUGCGUCCUUGGCGGAUGCUUGCAGAAGAACAACUGGGAAAGUCAACCGGAUCCUAACCUGGCAAUCCGAAUCAUGAAGCGUGCAGUUGAGUUGUGCCCUAAUAUGGUACCUGAAGGUGCAGGCAUUGAAGCCUUGAGCGUCAUUCGUCAUGGAGUCGGGCUGAGGCCAAUGCGAAAGGACGGCAUUCGAGUUGAGAAGGAAGUCAUCGCCGGAACUACUGGACGAAAGGUGCCUGUGGUCCACAACUACGGUCAUGGCGGUUACGGCUAUCAGACCUCGUAUGGUGCCACGGCCGCUGUGGUGAAGUUGGUCGACGAAGCAUUGCUCGAGAAGGCGAGGCUGUAG